GUAGAGGCCCCUACUGGAGAACGAAGUCUCCGGCACCAUGUCUGGUUUGUCUGGCCCACUGGCCUGGCUUAGUCCUCGCCAGUUGGCGUUGCUGUUUCUGUUUCUCCUCGGCCCUAGCUCGGUCCUCUCCAUCUCAUUCUAUCUUCCGGUAAACUCUCGCAAGUGUCUCCGCGAGGAGAUCCACAAGGACCUGCUAGUGACGGGCGCGUACGAGAUCACGGACCAGUCCGGGGGCGCUGGCGGCCUGCGCACCCACCUUAAGAUCACAGAUUCUGCUGGCCAUAUUCUGUACUCCAAGGAAGAUGCAACCAAGGGGAAAUUUGCCUUUACCACUGAAGAUUAUGAUAUGUUUGAAGUAUGUUUUGAGAGCAAGGGAACAGGGCGGAUACCUGACCAGCUCGUCAUCCUAGAUAUGAAGCAUGGUGUGGAGGCGAAAAAUUAUGAAGAGAUUGCAAAAGUGGAGAAACUCAAACCAUUAGAGGUAGAGCUUCGUCGCCUGGAAGACCUGUCGGAAUCUAUCGUUAAUGAUUUUGCCUACAUGAAGAAGCGGGAGGAGGAAAUGCGAGACACCAAUGAGUCAACAAACACUCGGGUCCUGUACUUCAGCAUCUUUUCAAUGUUCUGCCUCAUCGGACUAGCCACCUGGCAGGUCUUCUACCUCCGUCGCUUCUUCAAGGCCAAGAAGUUGAUCGAGUAAUGAGACUCAGUCUCCUCCCACUUAUAUCUCAGUCAGCAGAACAUCACUGGAACGUGCCUGGCCUAACCCAAGGCCGUCCUACCAAUAGCACCAUCAGGGCACGGUGGAGCUUUCUUGUCAGAACUGAUCUCUUCUGGUGUGGGAGGACAUGGGGUACCACCUACACCCAACAAGUCAAUGAGGGAUUUCUUUUUAACUUGGUAGGGUUUGGACUGGUUUUGCAAAAAUAAGACUAUUAUUAGAGUCACUUAUGACAAAAAAAGAAGAAAACAGGGGUUACCUAGAUAAUGCCAAAGCCAGCAUUUGUCCUGGGUUUCCCCAUGUGAUCUGUGGGAACCAUGUUUGCUUUUCUUCCCCACUUGCUCACCAGCUUAGGCUUUCAUUCUAGUUCUUUUACCAAGAUUUUUAUGACCAUGUUGAACUUGUUUCAUGCCAUUUGUCCUCUUUGGGUUUCCUUGUGAAAACUCCCUGAAAUUCUGCUUGGUUCUUAGCUGAAAUGUUUACAUAGUUUCUGGUGAUACCCUUUCAUAAAUUUAUGUAUCUAAAAUGGUCAUGGAUGUGACACCUCAUAAAAGUGAGCUUUGAACUGUAGAUAAAGUGGUAAAGAAAAUCUCACUUUACACAAUUAAAAUAUUUGUGCUCAACUGCUUGAACUUCGUUCUUUUCGCGUAUGUGUAUUUGGUUCUGUGCAGUUUUAGCGUGUGUAGAUUCACGUGACCAUCGCAGAAUAGAGUAUGGUGCUAUUGCAUGGAUUCUUCAUGCUGCCUUUUGUAGCCACAGCCACUCCUUUGCUUAUCCUGUUACCUCAACCUCUGGCUAUCAGUAAUCUGUUCACCAUUUCUACAAUUUUUGUCAUUUCAAUAAUGUUAUACAGGG